AUGACACCAUUUUAUAAUAAGAAACUUGAGCUCCAUGGAUUUGAGCAGGGGGUGCAGAGAAUAAAAUAUCUCCCACAGAUACUGAGGGAUGACUUGGACAGUUCUGGAAAAGUCACACUAUCUCCUAUGGUUAUAUUUCCAGGUUACAUGGAUGGAGAACUUAUAAAAAAAUCAGAUUCCAAAGCCCAGAUUCUAAAAAGUGGAAGCACUACAAAGUUUCAGAGUAACCAAGAAGAAAACAAGGAAGAACUACAGAAAAAAAUCUCAUUUAUAGAUUCUGAUGAAGUCGUGAUAGCAGAGCACAAAAGAGAAUUAAGCAAUUUCCAAGAUGUUGAGUUGCAGAAAGGUAAGAUAGAAAUGGAAGUCAAAGUAAAAGACACCAAGAUACCAAAAGAACAGGAUGUCCAAGUGGAAAAGAGUGAGGCCAAAGUACCACAGGGGCAGGAAGCCCAAGUAGAGAAAAGUAAAGCUGAAAUACCACAAGGACAGGACACCCAAGCAGAGGAAAGUGAAUCCAAGAUACCAAAAGAACAGGAUGCCCAAGUAGAAAAGAGUGAGGCCAAGGUACCACAAGGACAGGACACCCAAGCAAAGAAAAGUGAAGCCAAAAUACCAAAAGGACAGGAUGUCCAAGUGGAAAAGAGUGAGACCAAAGUAUCACAAGGACAGGAAGUCCAAGUAGAGAAAAGUGAAUCCAAAAUACCAAAAGGACAGGACACCCAAGUAGAAAAGAGUGAGGCCAAAGUACCACAAGGACAGGAAGCCCAAGUAGAGAAAAGUAAAGCUGAAAUACCACAAGGACAGGACACCCAAACAGAGGAAAGUGAAGCCAAGAUACCAAAAGGACAGGGGCCCAAAGUAAAGAAGAGUGAGACCAGAAUACCAAUAGGGCAGGGGUCCCAAGUAAAGAAGAGUGAGACUAGAAUACCAGUAGGACAGGGGUCCCAAGUUAAAAUACCAAUAGGACAGGGGUCCCAAGUAAAGAAGAAUGAGACCAGAAUACCAAUAGGGCAGGGGUCCCAAGUGAAGAAGAGUGAGACUAGAAUACCAAUAGGUCAGGGGUCCCAAGUAAAGAAGAGUGAGACUAGAAUACCAGUAGGACAGGGGUCCCAAGUUAAAAUACCAAUAGGACAGGGGUCCCAAGUAAAGAAGAGUGAGACCAGAAUACUAAAAGGACAGGGGUCCCAAGUGAAGAAGAGUGAGACUAGAAUACCAAUAGGUCAGGGGUCCCAAGUGAAGAAGACUGAGACCAGAAUAUCAAAUGGACAAACGGCCCAAGAAAAGGAGAGUUCAGAAGACAAAGAAAAGCAGGACAAUGAAAAGAGAGAUACAGGGAAAGAUAAAGAAGAAAAUGAUGCCAAAAACAAGAAUGUUCAUGGAGAAAAGAACAAAGUUCAAGGAAAGAAUAACUUGACAAUCAAGGAUAAAAAAGUGGAAACUUCACAAAGGCGCAAAACCAAGUAA